AUGGAUAAACGAAUAUGGAACGACGACCCACAAACAAGAGGAACCGAGGUGAAAGAAGAGUCGAAUAUUAGGUCAUUUGUCGGAGGUCGUGAAACUCAGGAAUAUGACAACUACGUGCGAAACCUGUUUUCGCCAGGCCACAGCGCCCCCGGCUACAAGAAGACGUUCAACGACCGGUUCAGCUCGUACGAACAGGAGAUCAGCGGUCUGCCACAGCAUUUGCAGCUGAAGGCUGAGAACGUGGCUGACUCCCUUUUCGAGAGGCAACGAAACGAGCGACUGGCGAAGGUGCCGCAUUCCUCGUCGAAGGUGUUCGACAACAGGAACCCCCUUUACUACAGAUCGGCCGAUUUUCUGGGGACCGGGGACUGGGACGACGCCCUGUUCGACUAUGACAAAAAGAAGAGAGACAGAGAGCGCAAAACACCGCUCAUCAUGCGUUACACAAGCUCGUCGAAUGCCAUCGGCUCGUCGUACGCGAAGCCGGUUUACGACCAUCUACAUAUGAACGACUCGCGCAUCGUCGGCUCUGACUUCGUCAUGCUGAACCUCCGAAGGUACGACUCCCUUUUUGAGAAAAUCGACAAGGCCUUGGACGACGCGAAGAAGGUGAACUCCUGGUCGUGA